AUGCGCAAACCAAAAGUCAGUUUUAAUCGGGCUUUAAUUCGCAUGACAUGGAAUAAAAAAAAUCUAUAUUUUAUUUACAAUCGUGGAAGUCGUCUGCCAAAAAUGCAUAAUCGUUCUCUCUUUCAACAAAAAUGGCAAGCAAAAAGGGAAACUCGCGGUUAUCAUGGUGCUCAAUUGACCGAGCGACAGUUUAAGAGAAUAUUUGAACCACGUUUACCAACAACAAAUAUCCGUCUUAAUGCUAAAGAGACUAGCGAAAGUAAACAUCCUCAUAUAGCUGUUUUAACUUACGCGAGUUUAGAGAGAAGAUUAGAUUUUAUUAUAUUUAGAAGUUGUUUUGCUAAUA